AUGAGCGACUCUGUAACGUUUACGUUGCCCUUGCCAGCCCGUCGUUUCAACGAAGCGGCUUCUCUGGGGGUGAGAGCAGAACAAUUGGGAAUGCCUCAUAUCAGCGAAGCCAUAAUAAAUGCGUCAAUCGGUUCGGACAGAGCUCCUUCUACGAUCAAAGCCUACACGUCUGAAGUGGAGAGAUUCAAAAUCUGGAAAAACAGCCCUUACAUGCGCAGCAUCCCUAUGCCACAGGCCAGGAAUCUUUUCCUGGCGAAAUGCUCGGCGGAAGGCAGGCUAAGUUCCAUGCCGACCGUCGUAGCAGCGCUCAACUACUUCUGUGGCCCGCUCACAGUCCGGCUCCACGGGAUUGCCUUUGGCCAUCUCAACCUUGCGGGACAGGCUCAUGCUCCUCAUUAG